GGUCCAUACAGAAGGAGGAGGGGUGUACGCCCAAACGCAGGGGAUCACGGGAGGUCUCAGGCUGGAGUCCCAAGCCCUGCCUGCGCCCGUGGGGACAGACGUAGGCAGGGGGCUCAGCAGACACUUCGAGAGGGCUGGGGAGAACUUUUAGAGACCCGGGCCAGGCUGCCGGCCCCGCCAGCACUGCGGAGAGAUGGACAGAGCCCGACUUCCUAGCCCCAGGCUCCCUGCCUGUUUCCCGGAGACAGCCGGAAGCUGCCUCUUCCCUUAAGUCCCGGGGUCGGGAGAGAAACCAUGGGGUGCACGUACUCCUCUCCGCGGGACGAGCCAACCUUGAGAACCUCCUCUGUCAAAGACAGCAGCUUUGUGGAAAAGAUGAAGAAGACGGGCAGGAACAUCAUCGUGUUCUACGGCUCCCAGACGGGGACGGCGGAAGAGUUUGCCAACCGCUUGUCCAAGGACGCGCACCGCUACGGGAUGCGGGGCAUGGCUGCAGACCCUGAGGAGUAUGACUUGGCCGACCUGGGCAGCCUGCCGGAGAUCGAGAACUCCCUGGCGGUGUUCUGCAUGGCCACCUAUGGUGAGGGGGACCCCACGGACAACGCACAGGACUUCUACGACUGGCUCCAGGAGACGGAUAUGGACCUCUCCGGAGUCAAGUAUGCGGUGUUUGGUCUCGGGAACAAGACCUACGAGCACUUCAAUGCCAUGGGCAAGUAUGUGGACAAGCGGCUGGAGCAGCUCGGCGCCCAGCGGAUCUUCGAGCUGGGGAUGGGCGAUGACGAUGGGAACCUGGAGGAGGACUUCAUCACGUGGCGAGAGCAGUUCUGGCCGGCCGUGUGCGAACACUUUGGGGUGGAAGCCACCGGAGAGGAGUCCAGCAUUCGCCAGUACGAGCUCGUGGUCCACACAGACAUAGACGUGGCCAAGGUGUACAUGGGAGAGAUGGGCCGACUGAAGAGCUACGAGAACCAGAAACCCCCCUUUGAUGCCAAGAAUCCGUUCUUGGCUGAGGUCACCACCAACCGGAAGCUGAACCAGGGAACUGAGCGACACCUCAUGCACCUGGAAUUAGACAUCUCAGACUCCAAACUCAGGUAUGAAUCUGGGGACCAUGUGGCCGUUUACCCAGCCAAUGACUCUGCCCUGGUCAGCCAGCUCGGCAAGAUCUUGGGUGCUGACCUGGACGUCAUCAUGUCCCUGAACAAUCUGGACGAGGAGUCCAACAAGAAGCACCCCUUCCCCUGCCCCACCUCGUACCGCACGGCCCUCACCUACUACCUGGACAUCACCAACCCGCCACGCACCAAUGUGCUCUACGAGCUGGCACAGUACGCCUCGGAGCCCUCUGAGCAGGAGCACUUGCGCAAGAUGGCGUCCUCCUCGGGCGAGGGCAAGGAGCUGUACCUGAGCUGGGUGGUGGAGGCUCGGCGGCACAUCCUGGCCAUCCUGCAGGAUUACCCGUCCCUGCGGCCCCCCAUCGACCACCUGUGUGAGCUGCUGCCUCGUCUCCAGGCCCGCUACUACUCCAUCGCCUCAUCCUCCAAGGUCCACCCCAACUCUGUGCACAUCUGUGCCGUGGCGGUAGAGUACGAGACCAAGUCUGGCCGCAUCAACAAGGGGGUGGCCACCAGCUGGCUACGGGCCAAGGAGCCUGCAGGGGAGAACGGCCGCCGGGCCCUGGUGCCCAUGUUUGUGCGCAAGUCCCAGUUCCGCCUGCCCUUCAAGGCCACCACCCCUGUCAUCAUGGUGGGCCCUGGCACAGGGGUGGCACCCUUCAUAGGCUUCAUCCAGGAGCGGGCCUGGCUGCGGCAGCAGGGCAAGGAUGUGGGGGAGACGCUGCUCUACUACGGCUGCCGCCGGUCUGACGAGGACUAUCUGUACCGCGAAGAGCUGACUCAGUUCCACAAGGACGGCUCCCUCACCCAGCUCAACGUGGCCUUCUCUCGGGAGCAGCCCCACAAGGUCUACGUGCAGCACUUACUGAAGAGGGACAAGGAGCACCUGUGGAAGCUGAUCCACGAGGGGGGCGCCCACAUCUACGUCUGCGGGGAUGCUCGGAACAUGGCAAGGGAUGUGCAGAACACCUUCUACGACAUUGUGGCCGAGGUGGGGGCCAUGGAGCACGCCCAGGCCGUGGACUACAUCAAGAAGCUGAUGACCAAGGGCCGCUACUCCCUGGACGUGUGGAGCUAGGGGCAGCCCGGCCCUGCCCCUCAAGCCCCACAAACUUGCUUCUCCCUGUAAUCACCUUCCUCGCUCCCUUCUGCCAGUCUCCUGGCUGAUUUCUUGCCGCGGGAGGUGGGCCGAGGGACCGGUCCAGGCCCCAGACGCACCCUCUGGAGCACCCCGGCCCCAGGGCGUGUGGUCAGGGGAGACCAGGGCCUGUGUUUUGUGAACAUCUCCGGCCCUUGGUGGCUGUACAGAAGGGGCUCUUCUCAGCUGAGCUGGGGCCCAGCCCCUCCGCAUUAUUUUCAAUGACUGUAAAUAAUUUUAAAUAAUCUCUGGUCCUUGGAAUAAAGUUCUGUUUUCUGUA